CACGCUCCUCCUGUCUGUCUCCAGGACGGUCACCCCGACAGGCUGCAGUGUGGACUGGAGGUGGGAGGACGUCUCUUCCUGCUGGACCUGGAGAAGAACCACGACCUGCUUCCCAAACCGCCCAACGUCUUCUACUACCUGCCCGACGGCACCGGGGUGUCUGUGAGAGCCGACCCUGUGACUCACUGUUAUUACCAUGGCAACAUCCGAGGAUUCCCUCACUCCAGAGUGGCUCUGAGCACCUGCUCCGGACUCCGCGGCCUCAUUGCCUUCAACUCCACCCUGAGCUUUGAGCUGCAGCCUCAGGAGGACCUCCACCUCCACCAGCAGUGGGGAGGCGAGGGGGGGGGCGGCAGCGGAGGGAGCGGAGGAGGAGGAGGAGACGAAGAAGGUGGGGUUCACCUGCUGUUCUCCACCAGCCCUCGGGAGGGCGACGCUACUGGGGGCUGCGGGGUCUCGCACACUGCCGUGCCCCCCCUCCACAGCUCCACUCACACACACCGGAGGAAGAGAGACAUCCUGUCUGAGACCAAGUACAUCGAGCUGGUACUGGUGGCCGAUCACCAGGAGUACCUGAACUACCAGAAGAACAAUAAAACCCUCAUCUACCGCAUGCUGGACGUCGCCAAUCAGGUGGACUGGUUCUACCGGCCUCUGAGCGUACGCGUGGCGCUCACGGGUCUGGAGAUCUGGAGCGACCGCGACAAGAUCCAGGUGGAGAAGAGUCCCACCGACACCCUGAACAACUUCCUGGAGUGGAGGACCAGGGAGCUGCUGCCGCGGCUACGCCACGACAACGCCCAGCUGGUCAUGGGGGAGUCCUUCGAUGGCACCACGGUGGGGAUGGCCUCGCAGGCCUCCAUGUGCUCCAGGGACCGGUCCGGAGGAGUCAACGUGGACCACCUGGUCAGCGUGCUCGGCGUGGCCGCCACUGUCGCUCACGAGCUCGGUCAUAACUUGGGGAUGAGUCACGACACCGCCGAGCGCCGCUGUUCCUGUCAGAAUGAACAGCGGCUCGGAGGAUGCAUCAUGGAGCCGUCAACCGGGUUCAUGCCGGGUCAACAGUUCAGCAGCUGCAGCGCUGCAGACCUGUCCGUCAGCCUUCUGCACGGGGGCGGGAUGUGUCUCUUCAACGUCCCUCAGCCGGACCGCCUGCUGGGAGGACCUCGAUGUGGGAACCUGUACGUGGAGACGGGGGAGCAGUGUGACUGUGGGCUGCUGGAGGAGUGUGAGGACCCCUGCUGCAACGCCUCCACCUGUCAACUUGUUUCUGGAGCUCAGUGUUCAUCUGACGGAAUCUGUUGCCAAGACUGCAAGCUAAGAGCAGCUGGUUCGGUGUGUCGCGACCCGCUUGGAGAGUGUGACCUCCCAGAGUUCUGCACCGGCUCGUCUCCUUACUGCCCCCCAAACGUCUUCCUGCAGAACGGGGAGCCCUGCGAAGACGACGCCUCAUACUGCUACGAGGGGGUCUGUGCCAGCAUGCUCACCCAGUGCAGGAUGCUGUGGGGGCCCAACGCCACCACUGCUCCACCCGUCUGUUUCUCAUCAGUCAACAAACAAGGAAACAAAUAUGGAAACUGUGGUCAGCUGAGCAACGGCUCCUACCUACCCUGUGGAAACUCUGACACGCACUGCGGCCGUAUCCAAUGUCGGGGUGGGAGGGAGCGCCCCCUGCUGGGCACCAACGCAGAGAUCCUCACCACCACCGUGCGCUUCAACCACAGCGACCUGGUCUGCAGGGGAACCUUCUUCCACCUGGGGGACGACGUGUCGGACCCCGCCACCGUGGCCCAGGGCACCGCCUGCGGCCCCGGCAAGGCGUGUUUGAACCAGAAGUGUCAGGACGUGUCCGUGUUCCAGGUGGAGGAAUGUCGCGGCAAGUGCAACGGUCACGGGGUGUGUAACAGCAACAAGAACUGCCACUGUGAGGCGGGUCGGGCUCCACCUGACUGCAGGUACUCGGGUCACGGGGGCAGCGUGGACAGUGGACCGGCCCGAGCUGCUGGAGGGUCUGACCCGGUACGAGAGGCGCUGCUCGUCAUCUUCCUCUUCGUCCUGCCCUAACUGCUCCUCUUCCUCGUGCUGCGCUGCCCACGGUUCCGUAAGAAGUUCUUGUGUGUGUGUGUGGGAGGUCCGACGCACAAAGGCCGCCAACACAACCGUGUGACUCACUGUGAGAUGAUUCUGGAGUUAGACCCGCUCCACCUCUCCAGGACGCCGGUGGUGGAGCGAGUGGACCGACGGAACGGAGAGCAGGUCCGACCUCUCCGGUACCACCUGAACCCGCCCGCCGACACACCGCUGACCCCGCCCACCAAAGAGGGCCGUGACAGACCCGCGCCUCCCGCUAAGCCACUCCCCCCCGACCCCGCCUUAAACCCCCCGCCGCAGGUUGCUGUUCCACUCAAACCCGUGGUGCCAGUGAAGCCCCGCCUCCUGCCGCCGGCGUCCAGCACCCACAUCUCCCCCCACCCCAACUGCGCCGCCGCCGCCAAACCGCCGCAUCACAGAGCCGUCGCCCUGGCAACUGCUCGCAACAGACAAGCUCCUCCUCCUCCUCCUCCUCCUCCUCCUCUUCACCCCCAUCAACCAUCAAACCCUCACAGAGUGGAAACGUCUCCUCUCUGAGGAGCCUGGAGAACCACAUGAAGGAGUUGAUGAGAGGGACCCAGACUUCCUGCUCUCCUUCAGGAUCAACUGUAGAUAAACGUGCCUUGCUCGACAGCACCUCCGCUCAUUGUGUUCUGGGGAAGUGAACAACAGACCUCUGACCAGCAGCAAUUUUAGGUGUCUUUGUGGACCUCUCGGACCCUUUACCGGGUCCUCAACAAGACCUGCAGGAACCUCUGUAGAACUCUACCGGACCUUCAACAGGACCUACCGGACCCUCUGUAGGACUCUACUGGAUCUUCAACAGGACCUACCGGACCCUCUGUAGGACUCUACUGGACCUUCAACAGGACCUACCGGACCCUCUGCAGGACUCUACUGGACCUUCAACAGGAUCUACCGGACCCUCUGUAGGACUCU